AUGCCUGAUCCUAUAGAUGCUAGUCCAGGUGAAAGUGGUCGUUUCCGACAAGCAGCCGAUGUGUUUAACAUGCUUGUUUCCGUUUAUGGCAGCAAAGAAAUGUUUGUUAAGGAAUACCGCCAACUUCUUGCGGAGCGGCUAACAAGUAGCAACACGAAAGACCCUAUUUUUGAAAGAAGAUACCUCGAUCUACUCAAACUCCGAUUCAACGAAGGAGAGCUACAACAGUGUGAAGUUAUGCUAAAAGACAUACGCGAUAGCCAGAAGAUUGAUAGAACGGCACUUGGAAAAAAGUGCAUUCCCGUAUCAGCAUGUGUCAUAUCAUCGCACUUCUGGCCGAAAAUUGUAUCAGAAACGGUUUCGGAAUUUCCUGCAGCUCUCGAGGAAGCACUUAUAGAGUAUGAGAAAGCAUUCAUGGAUCAUAAGGAGUCCAGAAAAUUACAUUGGAUGAGAGCUAUUGGCUGUGUGGAGGUAACGCUGAAGUUAGGUGAAGUAGAAGUUGACAAGGUCGUGCCAAAUCCGAUAGCGGCAGUCCUCUACCUUUACUUGGAAAAAGAGAGUUGGACAGUGGCCGAAGUGGCCGAAAAACUAUCCAUCUCGAAGGGAGUUGCGCGUCGUCGCUUGGAAUGGUGGCGAACACAAGGUCUUUUAACUCAGAAUCUCCCAACUGGUGCCACUGCUGAGGAAUGGACGCUAGUGAAUAACCCUAGCCUGCUGGCUACAUCAAGAGGUGCGGCCGAUGAAGAGUCGGAUGAAGAUGAAGGCGCUAUCGAAGAAACAGCAGAUGCGAUCGAUGCUUUGGAGCAGUAUUGGAGCUACACGAAAAAUUUCAUA